GCUCAGCCCUCACAGGGCCCAAACUACGGAACGAAACGACGACGCAGUCUUCUCCAUUUCAGAUUCGCUUCUUCUUUGCUUAGGCGGUAAGAUUCUUUUAUAUUCCGCGUCUUCCUUCGUCCUUGUAUUGAAUUUCUCGAAGGCCGAAGCAGCUCCAUUUGCAUCGCCGAUAACUGUAAUGCGCGAUUCGAGAACGUUCGAGAUUAACUUUUAUAGUUUUAAUGGCUUACAGAAUUCAACUUCUAUGAAGGAAACAGAAAGCUCCAGAAGUGAAGAAUCUAACAGGCCACUUGUGGUGCAAAAUCAUGGUCUUAGAAAUGAUGGGCUCAUCCCUCAGAUUUUCACUUCUGUACCAUCACUCAAUGAAGCUGCUUCUUAUCUAGUUGAAACGACAUCAUUGAUAACUCGAUGCUUCUAUGAUCAAUCAGUGGAACCUGGUUCCAGAGUUUCCAGGCAUCAGUCCAGUAUGCACGCACAGGAAUUAGUGACAUUCUCUACUGGGCAAUCGGAGCCACUGAUUGAUAAUCAACCAUCUUCCUGUGAAAGCUAUUCGACAUUUUCUGAAUCAUCUGCUUCUACAACUGCUGCUGCUCCCAUUCAUGAUCGAGUUACAAGGGGCACUGUUGCAAGUGCAUCUCACAAUGAUAGCUCUCCUGAAGAUUCAAAUCAAACUGGACAAAAUGGAAUUACCAUGUUUCAAGGGCUUAUUGAACGGGCACGGAGGACUGUUCUUGGCUCUGCAGAUGAUAUAGGAUGGCUACAGCGUUCGUCAUAUAUGCCUCCAGUUGAAGAUGGGACCGAAAGGUUUAUGGAAAUUCUUGACAACAUCAGGCACGGACUACACAAGCUACCAAAUUCUAUGGUUUACUUGUUGGUUCCUGGCCUUUUCAGUAACCACGGCCCACUUUAUUUCGUUAACACAAAAACUAGUUUCUCGAAGAUGGGGCUGACUUGUCAUAUUGCCAAAAUUCAUAGUGAGGCUUCUGUUGAGAAAAAUGCUAGAGAGAUAAAAGAGUAUAUUGAAGAGAUCUACUGGGGUUCCAAGAAACGUGUUUUGCUGCUUGGGCACAGCGAAGGGGGAGUAGAUUCAGCAGCUGCAAUGUCAUUAUAUUGGCCUGAGUUGAAGGAUAAGGUUGCUGGAUUGGCAUUGGCACAAAGCCCAUAUGGUGGUAGCCCAAUAGCUUCGGAUAUUUUACGAGAAGGUCAACUUGGUGAUUAUGUUAAUGUACGCAAACUCAUGGAGAUUCUAAUAUGUAAAGUGAUCAAGGGUGACUUGCAAGCUUUAGAAGACUUGACCUACGAGAGGAGAAAAGCGUUUUUGAACAAUCAUCCUUUGCCAAAAGAACUUCCAGUUGUUUCAUUCCAUACAGAAGCUGGGAUUACUCCUGCUGUCCUUGCCACAUUGUCUCAUGUUGCUCAUGCAGAGCUACCCAUGGUGGCACCUCUAUCAACUCCCGGUCAAGCUCCUACACUUCCAGUGGUCAUUCCCCUUGGUGCUGCAAUGGCCGCAUGUGCCCAGCUGCUUCAGGCUAGGUAUGGGGAGAAGAGUGAUGGGCUUGUAACUUGUCGAGAUGCAGAAGUUCCUGGAUCUGUGGUAGUGCAGCCGAAACGUAAAUUAGACCAUGCUUGGAUGGUUUAUUCAUCCCUGAAUGAUAACCCUACUGAGGCAGAUGCUUCACAGGUAUGUGAGGCUCUCUUAACUUUGCUUGUGGAAGUUGGGCAAAAGAAAAGACAUGAACUUACCAUGAAAGAUGAGUGACUCCUCACUCCUGUGAUAUAUUAUUGCUUUUGAUCUGAAUAUAUAUAUAUAUAUAUAUUAUCUCGAAUUUAGUUUUGUCUAUUUGUUCUUUUUUGCCAAUAUUUCUUGAAGUUAUCACAGCUGGGUAAUAUGCAAACAGACCCCUAAAGUCUUGUACCAAAACUCAAAGGGUUUGUAUAUAUAACUCUUUUUUUUGUGUCAUGAUAUGAGAACUCACAGCCAUUAUCCUUCGA